GCAAAAAUUCUUUCUAGUUUACACCUACAUAAAUGUUUAACGCAGUUGUAUCUUUGUUAAAUAGGCGUGUCUUAUCAACCCCCGAAAAACUCCUCUUCCGCCCAGUCACUUAGUAUUUCUCGGCAAUUCAGCAUGUGAUUCUGAUCCUGUAAGUCAUGACCCCCCGUUAUAUUUAUAAUACAUUGCGAAUUACCUACACAUGGUACCCGCAAAAUCUGCGCUAACAGCGCGGGAUGUCUCGUCAAAAAUUACCGGUGGGCGGAGAUAAACAUUUCGAAGAAAUAUGAAUCCAGCGUUGAUUGGCUGUUAACUUAGAUCAAAGGAGCCGCGAUUGCUGAUGAGGAAGGCCUACCAGAGUCGUGAAAUUUUUACAGUAGCUUGAUAAGCGUGUGUUUAUGCUAUUUUCUAUGAUUUUUAUUCGGAAUUUCGCUUGGUGUGCCGCAGGGACACAUGUUGACACAGCGUUGCUCAUUUAAUACUCGCGAUAUAAGUUACGGGACAUAUCAGCUCUGUGAUUGAAGCCAAUUAUUUUGACUAGUGGGACUUCUGGAAGCUUAUAUUAUUUCUAAAGUUUCAAUUCAUCUUUCACCUAACACUCGGGCGUAGUUUAUUACAUAGGAACACGUGGGAGAGAAACUUUGUGUUUUGUUUUUAUUUUGAUGAUAACUGAGUAGGAUAUGUCAUUACAAAGUUUUUUUUCUCACAAAACAAAUUCUUAUCUCUAGUCAGGGAGUUAAUUUGCAGACAUCAGACUCUCGUUUCCAACAAACAAUGAUUUAAACAAUGCUUUAUGAUAAGUUGUUACGAUACAUGUGAAGUGUAGCAAUAUUCUGGAAUUUACGAAAAAUAGCAGACGACAAUUGAGCAAAAUGAUGAUGACUGCCGAUUACAGGAGUUGUAGGUUCGAUCAUAACGCCGCUGGGCAGUUCAGUGGGGUUUCGAACCCGGAAAUGUUUGACAAUAGGUAUUUAACGGAACUGUCUUACACUGGGACUACUGGGGCUCGAGAUUAUUUUACUGCUUCUGCUGUGCCCUACCAGCGAUAUCCUGGGAGAACAUAUUCUGAACAUUGUCAGUUUCCAGGAAAUACUAGUGUGUCAUCUUCAGAUUUCUACAAUAACUCGAGUCCUGAUUAUGUUAGAAGUAAAUCCAGACUUCACAGUGGAGAUAAACUGCAACAGACGAACUCAAAGGUUGUAAAAGAUGAAAAAGAAGAAAAAUCAGCGACAGUGAAAACGUCUGAAUCUAAAGACGCUAAGUGCAAUGAUGAGUUAGCAGACGAAGAUGAUCAUAUCAUGGAUUUAAAAAAUAAUAGUCCUAUGUCUUCUUGUGGAGGAUCUCUUAAAGAUGACAUUUCGGACAAAAGUGGAGAUGACAUAAAUUCCACAGACGAUACGGAAGAACAUCUUACGCACGUACUCGCUCCGGGUUACCAUGGCGAGAAUAGACGCUGUUUGUUAUGGGCUUGCAAAGCUUGUAAAAGAAAAAGUGUUCAAAUUGACAGACGAAAAGCCGCAACUAUGCGGGAACGGAGACGUCUACGAAAGGUCAACGAAGCGUUUGAAGUGUUAAAGAAACGCACGUGCCCGAAUCCAAACCAAAGACUUCCAAAGGUAGAAAUUUUGCGGAACGCCAUAGAAUACAUAGAAAGUUUAGAGGACAUGCUUCACGGGAACAGAAUUGUCCGAGCAGACGAUCAUUGUAACGAUACAAAUUCAACAAAUGGUUCAGAUUAUAUGACGGUGAACAGCCCACAUUUUUACCAAGACAAGUUACACCAUAUGACAGAUAUGGCCAAUGGCUACCAAACACAUCCGAAUGGCUAUAUGGACCAUAGUCAUCACCAUCCACAACAACAACAGCAGCAACAUAACACCAACGUGAGCAGCCUAGACUGUCUAUCGUUGAUUGUUGAAAGUAUCAGCCCGACGACUGGCUCUCCUAUGAUGAGCACGAUGGCACCAGGAGAACGGCCGCUUUAGUGUACUCC